AUGACACUAUUCCUUUGCAACUGGUACAAGCGCGAAGAGUUAGCGGUGAGAGUGGCAUUCCUCUUCAUUGCAUCUGCUUUAUCCGGUGCUUUCGGUGGGCUUCUUGCGUGGGCCAUGCUGCAUAUGGACGGAGUGUCGAACAUGAGUGGUUGGCGAUGGCUCUAUAUCAUUGAAGGCCUCAUCACUGUUGUUUGGGCUGGGUGCUGCAUCUUUGUCGUGCCUAAGAACUAUGAGACGGCCUACUUCCUGAAUGAAGAAGAGAAGGCAAUCAUGCGAAGACGCGCUGAGGAAAUGGAGGCUUAUAGUGGCGGUUCGGGACACUACGGAAAGAAAGAAAUCAAAGAGGCUGCAAAGGAUAUCAAAAGUUGGGUCCACGGUAUCAUUCAGAUUGCUGUUGUUACCAUUCUCUAUGGUUUUGGAACCUUCCUGCCUAUCAUCAUCAAGGAUGGGUUCCACUAUUCCACGGUUCAAGCACAGUACUUGGUCAUCCCAGUGAACCUGUGGGGUGCUAUCGUAUACGCGGUCGGUGCAGUUCUGUCGGAUAAGUACCAGAAGCGCUUCCUUCCGCUUGUAAUAUGCGCUCCUUUCGGCAUCGUAGGAUAUGCAAUCCUCCUCGCCGAUGUCCCAGCAGGCGUCCGAUAUUUUGCUACCUAUCUCAUUGCAACUGCUUGCUUCUUGUGCACGGGAGGUAAUAUUGCUUGGCUCUCUGGCAAUUGUGCUCCUGAUGGCAAGCGUGCUGCCAGUCUCGGCAUAUUGUUGAGCUUAACAAACAUUGGUGGUGUUGUUUCCGGUCAGAUUUACCAGUCUAAUGCCGCGCCUGCAUAUACACUCGGUCAUGCAUGGUCUCUAGGCUGUUUAGCUUUUGCAUGGUUUGGAUGGUGGAUUGUGAGAUGGAUCUAUAUCAGACGCCAAGUUGCAAAGGAGAAGGCACUGGCCGAAGGCGUGGUAGUCCCGCCUGAGGAGUAUACUGAUCGGGCACCGGACUUCAAGUACCAAAUUUAG